CUCACUGCAGGGUGGAGUUUAACACAGCGCCUCAAAGCAACGGUGCAGAAAUCACUUCUGUUCUGACAUUACAGACUAGCAUUUACUUAAUACAGACUUUCUGCCGGGGGACAGGGACUGUUAACAUAUUGGUUAUUGUCCGAAGGUGGACAACUAGUGAUCGAAGAAAGCUGAGGAGUAGCAGCGGCACAGUCCCGUAGUGUCAGUCAUGGUGGCGCUGUCGCUGAAGAUCGGGGUGGGGAAUGUGGUGAAGACCAUGCAGUUUGAGCCCUCCACCAUGGUGUACGACGCCUGUCGCAUCAUCAGGGAGAGAGUCCCAGAAGCACAGCUCGGCCAGCCAACAACUACUGCUUCAAACAUUAUUAAAGACAAGAUUCACGACAGUAACUCUAAAAAAGACACUCUGGAGUACAAAAAGAAACAGAGACCCCUGAAGAUCCGCAUGUUGGAUGGAACUGUUAAAACAGUCAUGGUGGAUGACUCAAAAAUCGUCAGUGACAUGCUAAUGACCAUCUGUGCCAGAAUAGGCAUCACAAACUAUGACGAGUACUCGCUGGUGCGUGAUGUGGGAGAGGAAAAGAAGGAAGAGACCACGGGGACACUGAAAAGAGACAAGACCCUCCUGAGAGAUGACAAAAAAAUGGAGAAACUCAAACAGAAACUUCACACAGAUGAUGAGUUGAAUUGGUUGGAUCAUGGGCGGACGCUGCGAGAGCAGGGUGUAGAGGAGUCUGAGAUGCUGCUUCUCAGAAGAAAGUUCUUCUACUCGGACCAGAAUGUGGAUUCCAGAGACCCAGUACAGCUCAACCUGCUCUAUGUGCAGGCCCGUGAUGACAUCCUGAACGGCUCCCACCCUGUCUCCUUUGAUAAGGCCUGCGAGUUUGCUGGAUACCAAUGCCAGAUCCAGUUCGGAGACCACAAUGAGUCGAAACACAAACCAGGAUUCCUUGAUUUGAAAGAAUUCUUGCCCAAAGAGUACAUCAAGAACAAGGGUGAGAAAAAGAUCUUCCAGGCACACAAAAACUGCCAAAACAUGACAGAGAUUGAGGCCAAAGUCAGCUACGUCAAACUGGCCAGAUCUCUGAAAACCUAUGGAGUGUCCUUCUUCCUAGUCAAGGAAAAAAUGAAAGGAAAGAAUAAGCUUGUUCCGCGUUUGUUGGGCAUCACUAAAGAGUGUGUGAUGAGAGUGGAUGAGAAGACCAAAGAGGUGAUACAGGAGUGGAGUCUGACCAACAUCAAACGCUGGGCGGCUUCUCCCAAGAGCUUCACGCUGGACUUUGGAGACUAUCAGGAUGGUUACUAUUCUGUUCAGACCACUGAAGGAGAGCAGAUUGCGCAACUCAUCGCCGGUUACAUCGACAUCAUUCUCAAAAAGAAAAAGAGCAAAGAUCACUUCGGCAUGGAAGGUGAUGAGGAAUCAACCAUGCUGGAGGACUCUGUAUCUCCCAAAAAGUCAACAGUUCUCCAGCAGCAGUUUAAUAAGGUUGGGAAGGUGGAGACGGGCUCCGUCGCUCUGCCAGCCAUCAUCCGCUCUGGUGCCGGAGGUCCGGAGAGCUUCCAGAUGGGCUCCAUGCCACAGGCCAAACAGCACAUCACCAGCGGACAGAUGCACCGGGGACACAUGCCCCCUCUGACGUCAGCUCAGCAGGCUUUGACCGGCACCAUUAACUCCAGUAUGCAGGCCGUGCAGGCAGUUCAGGCCACUCUCGAUGAGUUUGAUGCCCUGCCUCCACUGGGCACUGAUGCGGCAUCUCAAGCAUGGAGAAAGAACAAAAUGGACGAGUCCAAACAUGAGAUUCACUCUCAGGUGGACGCCAUCACUGCAGGAACUGCCUCCAUGGUCAAUCUGACUGCAGGUGACCCAGCAGAGACGGAUUACACGGCUGUGGGCUGUGCUGUCACCACCAUCUCCUCCAACCUGACCGAGAUGUCUAAGGGUGUCAAACUGCUGGCGGCACUGAUGGAGGACGAGGGAGCAAAUGGCCAGCAGCUUCUGAGUGCUGCCAAGAACCUGGCGUGUGCUGUGUCUGAUAUGCUCAAGACCGCUCAGCCCGCCAGUACUGAGCCGCGACAGAACCUCCUGCAAGCAGCGGGUAAUGUGGGUCAGACCAGCGGUGAACUCCUGCAGCAGAUCGGAGAGUCCGAUGCCAAUCAACAGUUCCAGGAGAUGUUGAUGCAGUUGGCGAAGGCUGUGGCUAAUGCAGCGGCAGCUCUUGUUUUAAAGGCCAAGAAUGUGGCUCAGAAAUCAGAGGAUUCAGCUCAACAGAACCGAGUGAUAGCUGCUGCCACCCAGUGCGCCCUCUCCACGUCACAGCUGGUGGCCUGCACACGAGUGGUGGCUCCCACCAUCAGCUCACCCGUGUGUCAGGAGCAGCUCGUUGAGGCCGGGAAGCUGGUGGCUAAGUCUGUGGAGGGCUGUGUGGAGGCAUCACAGGGGGCGACCAAUGACGAGCAGCUGCUCAGACAGGUGGGCUCGGCUGCCACAGGUGUCACUCAGGCUCUUAAUGAGCUGCUGCAGCAUAUCAGACAGUACGCCAGCGGAGGACAGCCGAUCGGACGGCACGGAGAGGCCACUGACCGCAUCCUGGAUGUGACGGAUAACAUCUUCAGCUCCAUGGGAGACGCAGGGGAGAUGGUGCGACAGGCUCGGAUCCUUGCUCAGGCCACCUCAGAUUUAGUCAAUGCUAUCAAGGCCGACGCCGAGGGCGAGACUGACCUGGAGAACUCCCGCAAACUCCUGUCUGCUGCCAAACUGCUGGCUGACGCCACGGCCAGGAUGGUGGAAGCUGCGAAGGGUGCGGCUGCUAACCCGGACAGCGAGGAGCAGCAGCAGAAGCUGCGUGAAGCUGCCGAGGGUCUGCGCAUGGCCACCAACGCUGCAGCACAGAAUGCCAUCAAGAAGAGGCUGGUCAACAAACUGGAGAAUGCAGCGAAGCAGGCCGCGGCAGCCGCCACUCAGACUAUAUCUGCAGCGCAGCACGCCGCCUCCUCCAACAAGAACCCUGCGGCCCAGCAACAACUCGUGCAGAGCUGCAAGGUGGUGGCGGAUCAGAUCCCUCAGCUGGUUCAGGGUGUGAGAGGGAGCCAGGCUCAGCCCGACAGCCCCAGCGCCCAGCUCGCCCUGAUCGGAGCCAGUCAGAACUUCCUGCAGCCCGGAGCGAAAAUGGUGACCGCGGCCAAAGCUACGGUUCCCACCAUCAGUGACCAGGCGUCUGCCAUGCAGCUCAGUCAGUGCUCCAAAACGCUGGCCAGCGCCCUCGCUGAGCUGCGCACAGCCGCACAGAAGGCUCAGGAGGCGUGUGGUCCUCUGGAGAUUGAUAACGCUCUCACAAUGGUACGGGGGCUGGAGAGGGACAUGCAGGAGACCAAAGCAUCAGCUGCCGAAGGCAAACUCAAACCCCUGCCUGGAGAAACGGUGAGUGUGUCAGCGCACAGUGUGUGUAUGUGCUCUACAUGCGUUUGUUUGUACACUACUAGUCACACUGAACAUCCCAGCAUGCAUGCAGACUACUUCAACCACACUAAAGCCGUGAGCUCUGCUAUUGCUCAGCUGCUCAGUGAAGCCACCCAAGGCAAUGAGAACUACACAGGUAUGGCCGCUCGUGACGUGGCUCAGGCUCUGCGUUCACUGGCUUCAUCUGCUCGUGGAGUGGCCGCUAACACCGAGGACCCUCAUGCCCGUAACGCCAUGCUGGACAGCACCACGGAUGUCAUGGACAAAUCCGCCAGCCUGAUCGAGGAGACCAAGAGAGCCGUUGCCAAACCAGGAAGAGACUACACCAAGCAAAAACCGACCCAAGUAGCUAAGGCUGUGUCUCAGGCUCUGAACCGCUCUGUAAACUGUCUGCCGGGGCAGAGAGACGUGGAUAAUGCCAUCAGAACUGUAGGAGAAGCCAGCAAGAAACUCCUGUCUGAUAAAUUCCCAGUGAGCGGGAAGAGUUUCCAAGAGGCUCAGGCGAAUCUGAACGAGGCGGCGGCCGGACUGAACCAGUCAGCCAAUGAGCUGGUGCAGGCGUCACGCGGCACCACCCAGGACCUGUCCAAAGCCUCCGGGAAGUUCGGACAAGACUUCAAUCACUUCCUGCAGGCUGGAGUGGACAUGGCUGGACAAUCCCAGUCUAAAGAGGACCAGACUCAAGUGGUCACCAACCUGAAGACCAUCUCCAUGUCCUCCAGCAAGCUCCUGCUGGCUGCUAAAGUUCUGUCCACAGACCCCAACUCACCCAACCUCAAAAACCAGCUCGCUGCUGCCGCUCGCGCGGUGACAGACAGCAUUAAUCAGCUGAUCAGCAUGUGUACCCAGCAGGCUCCGGGACAGAAGGAGUGUGACAACGCUCUCCGUGAGCUCGAGACGGUCGGAGGAAUGCUGGAGAAUCCCACAGAAGCGGUCAGUGAUAUGGGCUACUUUGACUGCAUUGACAGUGUGAUGGAGAACUCAAAGGUUUUGGGUGAGGCCAUGGCUGGCAUUUCCCAUAAUGCCAAGAACAGUAACUUACCAGAAUUUGGAGACUCAGUCAGUUCAGCAUCCAAAGCGCUGUGUGGUCUCACUGAGGCAGCAACUCAGGGCGCGUAUCUGGUGGGUGUGUCUGACCAGAACAGUCACGCUGGGCAGAAGGGGCUUGUGGACCCCUCACAGUUCGCACGAGCCAAGCAGUCGAUCCAGAUGGCCUGUCAGAACCUAGUUAAUCCCGUGUUUUAUGCACCCAAGGUCCUCUCUGCUGCCACAAUUGUUGCCAAACAUACUUCGGCCUUGUGCAACGCCUGCCGACUCGCGUCCUCCAAAACAUCCAACCCAGUUGCUAAGAGACAGUUCGUCCAGAGUGCCAAAGAGGUGGCGAACAGCACCGCCAACCUCGUCAAGUCCAUCAAGGCUCUUGAUGGGGCCUUUAACCAGGAGAACAGACAGAAGUGUAAGGAAGCCACUGGGCCGCUCAUCGAGGCUGUGGAUAACCUGACUGCCUUCGCUUCAAACCCAGAGUUUGCUAGUGUACCUGCACAGAUCAGCCCAGAGGGUCUGGCAGCGAUGGAGCCCAUCGUAGCGGCCGCUAAGACCAUGCUUGAGAGCUCUACAGGCAUGAUCCAGACGGCCCGCUCACUGGCCGUCAACCCCAAAGACCCGCCCAAAUGGUCUGUGCUGGCCGGACACUCCAGAACAGUGUCCGACUCCAUCAAGAAACUCAUCACCAACAUGAGGGAGAAGGCUCCAGGUCAGAGGGAGUGUGAUGACGCCAUUGAGGCUCUUAAUAACUGCAUCCGUGAGGUGGACAAGGCGUCUCUGGCAGCCAUCAGCCAGCAGCUCACGCCUAGAGACGACAUCUCCCAUGAGGCCCUUCACGAGCAGAUGGCGGCGUCUGUGCAAGAGAUCAGUAACCUGAUUGAACCGGUGGCCAUCGCGGCCCACUCCGACGCCUCUCAGCUGGGUCACAAGGUGUCUCAGAUGGUCAGUUACUUUGAGCCGCUCAUCAUGGCUGCCAUCGGUACAGCGUCUAAGAUCCUGAACAGCCAGCAGCAGAUGAGCGUGCUGGAUCAAACCAAGACUCUGACUGAGUCUGCCCUACAGAUGCUCUACACGGCCAAAGAGGCUGGAGGAAACCACAAGGCGGCUCACACGCAGGAGGCUCUGGAGGAGUCGGUUCAGAUGAUGAAGGAGGCAGUGGAUGAUCUGGCUGCGACUCUGUCAGAGGCGGCCAGUGCUGCAGGAGCGGUGGGCGGCAUGGUCAACUCCAUCUCUCAAGCCAUCAAUAAGAUGGAAGACGGGCCUGGAGUCGAACCUGAAGGAUCGUUUGUGGAUUAUCAGACCACGAUGGUGAAGACGGCCAAAGCCAUCGCUGUCACCGUUCAGGAGAUGGUUACCAAAUCCAACAACAACCCAGAUGAGCUGGGCGGUUUGGCCAAUCAGCUGACCACAGAGUUCGGUGACCUGGCGUCCGAGGCCAGAUGUGCAGCCAUGACUGCUGAGAAUGACGAGAUCGGCUCUCACAUCAGGAAGCAGGUGUCAGAGCUGGGCAACAGCUGCACUGGUCUGGUCAGUAAAGCAGGAGCGCUGCAGUGCAGUCCAAACGACUCCUACACCAAGAAAGAGCUCAUCGACAGCGCUCGGAAAGUCUCCGAGAAGGUGUCUCACGUGUUGGCGGCUCUUCAGGCGGGCAAUCGUGGCACUCAGGCCUGCAUUACUGCUGCCAGUGCUGUUUCUGGCAUCAUCGCUGAUCUGGACACCACCAUCAUGUUUGCCACCGCAGGCACUCUCAACCGAGAGAACGCAGAGACCUUUGCAGACCACAGAGAGCACAUCCUGAAGACGGCCAAAGCUCUGGUGGAGGACACGAAGCUGCUGGUGUCUGGAGCAGGAGCGAGUCAAGAGAAACUGGCUCAGGCUGCGCAGUCGUCUGUUAACACCAUCACCAAACUGGCUGAUGUGGUCAAACUGGGAGCGGCCAGUCUGGGUGCUGAAGACCCUGAGACACAGGUGGUUCUGAUCAACGCGGUGAAGGACGUGGCUAAAGCUCUGGGUGACCUGAUCAGCGCCACGAAGGCUGCAGCCGGCAAACCUCACGAUGAUCCCGCCAUGUUACAGCUCAAGAGCUCUGCUAAGGUGAUGGUGACAAAUGUGACGUCUCUACUGAAGACAGUGAAGGCGGUGGAGGACGAGGCCACUAAAGGCACACGAGCACUAGAGGCCACCAUAGAGCACAUCAAACAAGAGCUGGCUGUGUUCAGCAGUCCAGAUCCUCCUCCAAAGACCGCCACUCCAGAGGAGUUCAUCCGCAUGACCAAAGGCAUCACGCUGGCCACAGCGAAAGCAGUGGCUGCUGGGAACUCCUGCCGUCAAGAGGAUGUGAUCGCCACCGCUAACCUGAGCAGACGAGCCAUUGCUGACAUUCCACAGAACUUUACUUGUGUGUGUGUUUGUGGAACUCAUUUUUCUGCUGUUGUUCAGCAAGCGGCGUUCCACCCGGAGGUGAAGCGAGACGUUCAGUCUCGAGCGCUGCGCUUCGGCUCUGAGUGUGCCACUGCUUCUCAACUGAUCAUUCAGAAACCAAGUCAUGACCUUAAACAGCAGCUGGCACACUUCUCCAAACGUGUGGCCGGUUCAGUGACGGAGCUCAUCCAGGCCGCGGAGGCCAUGAAAGGUACAGAGUGGGUGGACCCUGAGGACCCGACCGUCAUCGCUGAAAAUGAGCUGCUGGGAGCCGCAGCUGCCAUUGAAGCUGCCGCCAAGAAACUAGAGCAGCUCAAACCCCGAGCCAAACCCAAGGAAGCUGAUGAGAGUCUAAACUUCGAGGAACAGAUUCUGGAAGCAGCCAAGUCCAUCGCUGCAGCCACCAGCGCUCUGGUCAAAGCUGCAUCUGCCGCUCAGAGAGAGCUGGUGGCUCAAGGGAAGGUCGGGGCGAUCCCAGCGAACGCGGUGGAUGAUGGACAGUGGUCACAGGGUCUCAUUUCUGCUGCCCGUAUGGUGGCUGCAGCUACCAACAACCUGUGCGAAGCGGCUAACUCUGCCGUUCAGGGUCACGCCAGUGAGGAGAAACUCAUUUCUUCAGCCAAACAGGUGGCAGCAUCCACCGCUCAGCUGCUGGUGGCCUGUAAGGUCAAGGCUGACCAGGACUCCCAGACCAUGAAGAGACUGCAGGCCGCAGGUAAUGCUGUCAAGAGGGCAUCAGAUAACCUGGUGAAGGCAGCACAGAAGGCUGCAUUUGAGGCUCAAGAUGAUCAGGCUGUGAUGGUGAAGAGCAAGAUGGUGGGCGGUAUCGCUCAGAUCAUUGCUGCUCAGGAGGAGAUGCUCAGGAAGGAGAGAGAGCUGGAGGAGGCCAGGAAGAAGCUAGCCAUGAUCAGACAGCAACAGUACAAGUUCCUGCCGUCAGAGCUCAGAGAGGAUGGACAGCAUCAGUGAGCCGCAUCAGAGACUAAUCAAUGAGAAAAGUAAUUAAUGAUAUGCAAUGAGUAAAAAGUGAACUUUUAAAAAUGAU